GCUAUUUCUUACCACUGCAAAGUGAAACCUUGCUCUUUCAGGAUUGCAAGUUAGCUUCUUGAAAAAACAGCAUUCUGGAAAUUGUUUGCUGGAAAAUCUGGAUUACUUCAGGGGUCUCUCUCUCUGCUGGUGUAGAUUGAAAAAAAAUUCAUUUUAUCAUUUAAAAAUACCACUUAAGAUGGAAAAUUUCAAAUGCAAAUAGCCAUUGAUGAGAUUGUGGUAAUAUAUUUAAGAUAACAAGAGAAAAAAGCUACAGAUAAACACAUUCUGAUUUGAGGGAGCAGAUGCCAACACACAGCCUUCAUACGCGUCUCGGUCCACCAGCAGCACAAAGUCUGUAAAAGAGGUGUGGUGAGAGCCCCGCCGCAGCCCCAGCUUGUCACCCGAGAAGCCGCAAACGCAGAGGGUGCCCAGGGCCUAGCGGCCAGCCACCGACACUCCGUUUGAACACUCGUGAAAACAUUUCCUCAUGUGUCAGUUUCUGAAGGUACACAGCUAAGACCUGAAUGCCAUCUCCACUGUACCCAGGCCCUACAGUUUUCUCAUGCUGACUGCUUGAUGGGUUUAAAUCAGUUGCUGGCAACUGCUGGGCAGGAGAAAUGGCUCUGAUCACACCCGGGUUUGGAAGGCGGAGUUUUCCUCCAUUAAAGAGGAGGAGUUCAUUGCUAUUGAAACUCACAGCUGUUGUCUUUGCUGUGCUUCUAUUUUGUGAAUUUUUAGUCUAUUACUUAGUGAUCUUUCGGUGUGACUGGCCUGAGGUGAACACUCCAGCUUAUGAAGGUGAACAAGAGACUUUUGAGCCUGUGCUGAAAGCCAUGUUUCUGGCAGACACCCACUUGCUUGGGGAAAUCAGAGGCCAUUGGCUAGACAAAUUACGAAGGGAAUGGCAAAUGGAGAGAGCCUUCCAGACGGCUCUGUGGUUGUUGAAGCCAGACGUUGUCUUCAUUCUGGGGGAUGUCUUUGAUGAAGGGAAGUGGAGCUCCCCCCAGGCCUGGGCAGAUGAUGUGGAACGGUUUCAGAAAAUGUUCAGACACCCAAGUCAUGUGCAGCUGAAGGUAGUUGCUGGCAACCAUGACAUUGGCUUCCACUAUGAGAUGACCACAUACAAAGUCAAACGGUUCAAGAAAGUUUUCAAACCUGAAAGGCUGUUUUCUUGGAAAGGCGUUAAUUUUGUGGUGGUCAACAGUGUGGCGCUGGAAGGGGACGGCUGCACCCUCUGCUCCAAAGAAGAAGCAGAGCUGCUGGCAGUUUCCCACAGACUGAACUGCUCCCGGGAGGUAGGAGUCACUGGAAUGCCACCUUCUGCUCCGUGUCUUUCGUUUUUGUUCAUCAUGCAGCACCCCCCGCCCUUGCUGCCACCUGGUGGGUGUCAGGUUUGCGGGAUUAACAGCCUGACUUCUGCCCAGCAGGGUCCUGCUUCCGGCCAGUGUGGGGACGGGCGGCCACUGCCUGCGUCUGCCCCCGUCCUCCUGCAGCAUUACCCGCUUUAUCGGAGAAGCGACGCGAAUUGUUCUGGGGACGAUGCUGCCCCUCCAGAGGAAAGGAGCAUCCCGUUCCAGGAGCGAUAUGACGUGCUUUCUCGGGAGGCUUCACAAAAGCUGCUGUGGUGGCUGCGGCCGCGCCUGGUCCUGAGCGGCCACACGCACAGCGGCUGCACCGUGCUGCACGCCGGAGGCCCCCCCGAGCUCAGCGUCCCGUCGUUCAGUUGGAGGAACAGAAACAACCCAAGUUUCAUCAUGGGCAGCAUAACAGCCACAGGUCAUGCCCUCUCCAAGUGCUACCUCCCACGUGAGGACAUGGUUCUGACCAUCUACUGCGGAGCAGCUGUGUUCCUUGCGGUCCUCAUAUUUGCUCACUUUGAGCUGUUAGCCUCACCUUCUCCUUUUGAUUGGAACCUGCUAAGAAAGUCUAGGACGACGUGAAGAGCAGGUGACACCUGCACUUAGGAAUAAAUAUCAAAGCCCAAGAAAUGGAAGUUCAGGCAGAGCUCAAAGAGUGGAGCGGAGGACCAGACCACGUGCGGACAUCACAGAGACUCUAAAUCACUGCUGCGAGUUACUGCAGAAUAAAUAGUUGAUUGUACUGUUCUCAUGCUAUACAAAUGGAACGUGUACUCUACACCAAACCAGUUUUCUCAUUUUUAUCAAAUAUAUGGAUCAUCAAAGGUUGCAUCUGUACAGGGUGUAAAUGCCAUUAAUGCCGUUGCUUGCAUGCACGACGCAGGCCUUGCGUCCCCAGGAAGGGCCUGGCAGCCCGACACACACUUGGGGUGUGUGUACAUAAACAUUGGGUUUGCUUCUGUCUGCCUAUGAGGUGGUUCUCAAAUUACUGUAUAGUAUAAAGCCAUAUCCUUAAAAUAAAAGUAUAGGUGCAAUAUACAGGAACAUAGUGUUUUUAUAGACUUUUGUACUUCUGUACAAAAUUAAUGGAAUCAGGUUUUUAGAUAAGUAAUUUUCUCUACAGGAGACCACGUUGUUAGACCUGAAUUUAAGGCAUUCAAUGAUCAAAAGAAACUUAAAAAAUGGAGGAGGACAUGGCUUUCAGUAUUUGAAAAUAAAUGUUUUGAUAAUUUUAA